UAUUCUACUACAACUUGUAUUGACGUCUUCAAAUUGUCAAAGUUCGGUGAAAAAAAUGUGCAAGCUAUAAAAUUAUUUAUCUUCAUAAUUUUAAUACAAAAUAUUAAUAAAUAAAAACAAAUACCAAAAUGUCCUUAACAAAACGUGUUCAGCAAUGGGCAACAUUUGCUCGGACCUGGCAUAUUUACGACUGCACUUGGCAAAAUCCUUUCGAAUCGGCUAAAGUUAUUAAAUCGCAUUUAAUGGGACUCCAUAAACCAAUUUACCAUCCAAUGAUUUCUAUCCGACAAUUGAGCAUUUAUCAUUGUAAAAUGGGACGUCUAGGAAAAGUUGAUCCAAAUUCAUAUUCCGAACCAGAAAAAGUCAAUACUGUCCAGAGUUUGCUAACAUGGAAUAUAGACUUCGAAAACACUAAGAUUGUGGGCAGUGUGAUACAUAAAUUUAAAGUUCUUGAAAAGAACUUGUCGACAAUUCUUCUUGAUGUUCGUGAUUUAAAAAUCUCAAAUGCUUCCAUUUUGGCCGGUUCUACCUCGAUUCCCAUAAACUAUACUGUUAGUGAUGAGGUAGAAAACAUCGGUUCAAAGCUAACACUAGAUCUUCCCGAAGGAACAGCAGCAGGAGAACUUCAAGUUCGCAUUGACUAUGAAACUUCAUCAUGUGCCAGUGGCUUACAAUGGCUUACACCCGAACAAACUCUUGGGAAAAAACACCCUUACAUGUUUAGCCAAUGUCAAGCAAUUCAUGCUCGUUCCGUAAUGCCUUGUCAAGAUACUCCCGCUGUUAAAUUCACUUACACUGCAACCGUUAAGCAUCCAAAAGACCUUACCGCUCUAAUGAGUGCAAUUAUCGAGAACAAAUCAGAAGGUAUUACGACUUUCAAGCAAACUGUACCAAUUCCAGCAUACUUGUUAGCUAUUGCCUUGGGAGACUUAGUUUCUCUUCCCCUUGGACCCAAUUCGAAUGUUUGGGCCGAAGAAGGAGUUAUCAAGGCAAGCGCUGAGGAAUUCUCUGAGACUUCGAAAAUGUUAAAAACUGCAUCGGACAUAUGUGGACCGUAUGUUUGGAAGCAAUAUGAUCUUUUGGUGAUGCCGCCCAGUUUUCCAUUUGGAGGAAUGGAAAAUCCAUGUUUGACGUUUGUCACACCAACUCUUUUGGCUGGUGACAAGUCGUUGGCUGAUGUUGUCGCACAUGAAAUCGCUCACAGCUGGACAGGAAAUCUCGUUACGAACAAGAACUUUGAACAUUUCUGGAUGAAUGAAGGUUUCACCGUAUUUGUUGAGGCAAAGAUUGUGGGCCGUAUGAAGGGUGAAAAAGAACGUGACUUCCAUAUGAUGAGGAACCUUACAGAUUUGGCAGAAUGUUUGAGAACCCAACUUGCUGAUUGUCCAGAACUCACAAGGCUUGUUGUUGACCUAAGUAACUUGGGACCCGAUGAUGCUUUCUCUAGUGUGCCUUACAUCAAGGGAUCAACAUUCCUUCGGUAUAUUGAAGACCUUCUUGGAGGAGCUGCUGUUUUUGAACCAUUUUUGCAAUCCUACUUGAAGAAGUUCGAAUAUAAAUCGGUGGUAACUGAUGACUUUAAGGGCGCUUUGUAUGAUUACUUCAUUGAUACGGACAAAAAGGACAAACUUAACGAAAUCGAUUGGGAUCUUUGGCUUUAUGGAGAGGGUAUGCCUCCAAUAAUUCCGAAGUUCGAUGACUCCCUUGCUCUGGUAUGUCAAAAACUAUGUACUUUGUGGAGUACAAAGACCGCAGCUGACCUCGCUAAUGAGAAGGAUGUUCGUCAGUCGAUAUCAACUCAUCAGCUUAUCGAUUUCUUGGGAAAACUUAUUGAAUGCAAAGAAAUUGUUGACUUGACAACAGAAAAGAUAAAGCUUUUGGAACAAAUUUACAACUUAAAUGGCACCAAGAACGCCGAAAUCCGCUUGCGAUUCAUGAGAUUGUGUAUUAUGGCCAGACAAAUGGAUCGCAUGGAUGAAAUAAUCGAAUUCGCAAACAGCAGUUUCCGUAUGAAAUUUGUCCGUCCAAUUUACAGGGACUUGGCACAAUGGCCAGAAGCCAAACCCAUUGCAAUUGAAAACUUCAACAAGGUUAAAAAUGAAAUGAUGAAAGUUUGUUCGCUUGGCAUUGAAAAGGAUUUAGGAUUAAGAUGUUGAUUUUUCUGUUAGCAUUCCUGUUUAAAGAGUUUUGAAGAUUUUGCUAUAUAUUAGGCAUUUAUUAACAGCAUUAUACUUUUAUAACAACCUUAUUAACAACACAAUAUCUGGCAAAAGAAAUACAAAAACUAACAGAAUAAUAAUAAA